AUGAACCAGUGGCUCCUGGCCUGCUUGGUGAUCGGCCUGGUGGGGGCCUGGGUCCCUGCUGUCAACACCCAAGGUGCUUUUGAGGAUUGCUGCUUGGCUUACAACCCCUACCACCGUGUAAGGCCGUCUUUGAUCCAACGUGCCCAGAGUUACCAGCUCCAGGAGGCGAGCGGGAGCUGCAACCUGCCUGCCGUGAUUUUCUUCCUUCCCCGGAGACAAAAGAAGGUGUGUGGGGAUCCACAGGCCAAGUGGGUGCAGAAAAUCAUGAAGCUCCUAGAUGCCAGGAACAAGUCCCUCUUAAAGACCCAUGGAGGCAUCCGGAAGACCUCCCAAGAUGUGUGCCUCCAGCCCUCGCUGAGACAGCUCCUGGGGGAGCUGAGUAGCCCGUUCUCCCUGACCCGCACAGUAGAGACUAGCUUCUUCCUUCACCUGCAAACUUCCUCCUCAGAGCCCCAAAUGCGAUUGAACGGGCCCUUGGCUCUCUCUGGUCAGGUGUCUGCCCAUGGCAAGAACUUGCUAGGCGAGGGAUUUAACCCAAAAUAA